CACAAAAUACAUCCGGGACCUCUUCACAAAUUUACAGAAACUUUCUGCAUAUUUUACUAUUUUUAUUCAUUUAUCCGCAAAUUGACUUAAUUUUGCAAUCGAUUAACUAUAAAACAUUGUCUAGAGACUUAUUUCGGAAAGUAUAGAAGUAAUUGCAAUAUUAGAUAGAGAGUCAUCCUCGUUAGUGUAUUUCUAAAUUUUCUCGAUUUUUCACGGCCAAUCAAAAAUCAACAAAAGCAGGGCAAUUUUGUAACAAAGAUGUCAAAUCCGUUCGCAUUUCUUGGACUCAAUAUUGGAUCUCAAGCAGGAGGUCAAAUGAUGCCCCCUGGUUCAAUGCCUCCAGGAGGAAUGCCACCUGGGAUGGCCCCAAUACCUCCUCCACAGCCAAGGAUGAUGGGACAUGACCCACUUCAGAAUAAUGCACCAUUGCAGUUCAACAUGAAUAAGGGGAAGCCCCCAAUGCCAGUGAUGGGUCAGAGUGGAGAAGUGAUGCCAAAUCAGGAUGGUGAUCAAAGGCAACAUGAUGACCGGGGUGGCGGAAUGGCUCCACAAGGAAACGGUGGAAUGGGUCCCGGAGAUGGAAUGGGUCCUGGAGGUGGACCUGGUCCUAAUAAUAUGCAGAGUCCAGAUAACAAUAUGAUGGGACAUCCAGGCAAUAACAUGAUGAAUCAAGGCAUGCAAGGUAUGGGUAACAACAUGAUGGGCUCCAUGAUGGGUGGUAUGCCCCCAGUGAAUGGAGAUCCCAAUCAGAUGAUAAUGAUGAAUGCAAUGGGAUACAAUCAGUUUGGUGGCAACAUGAUGCCCAUGCCUGAGCCCCCCAGAGAACCCAUUCAUUUCAAGACAUUCACAUUGCUGCCCCCGCCACAAGGGGCCCCCAGACCCUCUACCCGAGAGAGACCCCCUGGCUGUCGCACAAUCUUCGUUGGAGGCAUCCCGGACAACACAACAGAAGACAUGAUUCGGGAAAUGUUUUGUAACUGUGGAGAAAUUUAUAGUAUACGACUCAGCACAAAGAAUUUCGCACAUAUCAGAUUUGACUCCGAGGAUGCUGUGGACAAGUCCUUGUAUCUUUCUGGGUAUCGUAUGCAGAUAGAAAACAAAACAGAUAAGGCAAACUCUGGAAGAAUCCACGUUGACUUUGCGCAAGCUCGUGACGAUCUUUACGAGUGGGAAUGCCAACAGAGGGCUCUGAUGAGAGAACAGCGUCAUCGCCAGCGAGUCGAAGAGGACAGACUCCGCCCUCCAAGCCCGCCACCUAUUAUACAUUUCUCAGAUCAUGAAGCUAGUAUCCUCUCAGAAAAACUAAAAGGAGACGAAACAUUCAUGUCUGCCACACAAGCAUUGGUUGCUUGGCUAGAACGGGGAGAUUGUAAUAAACGUAACGCCAACACUUUCUACAGUAUGGUACAAAGCGUCAACUCACACAUUAGACGGCUCCUCAAUGAAAAGCAGAACCAGGAAGCGGAACUCAUUGAAAUCAAAGAGAAACAUCGAAAUAGGAUGCAGGGCAUUCUCAGACAAUUUGAGCAGAUAGACAGUGUCUUCAUAACAGCCUGCAAACAGAAAGCCUGGGACCAUUUCUCAAAGGCUCAAAGGAAAAAUCUAGAUGCAUGGGCCAAGCAAGCAAAAGAGACAUUGAAAUCGCAACAAGAGAAUGUGUUCGCAGAGAGACAGGAUGAUGAUAUGGAACUGUCCGACUCAGAGAAUGAUGCUCCCGCUACCAAAAAAUCUAAACUGGGAUACGAUCCAAAUCUAGUUGAAGUGAACAGAUUACGAGAUGAGAACGAGAGUCUCAAAUGUCAGAUUGAGGCUUACAAAAAUGAAGUUGAGCUACUCAAGCACGACUCUAAGACAGAUGACCAGUUGAAGGAUAAACAAAUGAAGAGCCUUCAACAAGCCCUCCAGGGCAUGCAACAGCAAUUGAUCUCUCAAAAGUCUGAAAUGAAAAGAGACGAGGAAGAGUUAAAGAGACUCCGCAUUGAGAUGCAAAUGGAAAAGCAAGCAAAAAAAGUAGAGGGCAGCACUAGUAGCAGUGGCGAUAGUUCAGAGUCAGAUGCCGUCACAAAAGCAGAUUCUAGUCUCACUUCAACGACAGCUAUGAGUGAUAAAGAAGGGCGACUCAUAGGACUGAUAUCAACAUUUUUACACGUUCAUCCCUUUGGUGCUAGCGUUGACUAUAUAUGGUCAUUUUUGAACCGUGUCGACAUUACCCUACGAUCAAGUGAGAUAGAGGAUCUUUUGGAAAAAUUACCGAACGUUUUCCGGCAAGAUUUACAUGGAGUUGGAGCAUCUAUUGAAAAACGUUGGAAGUUUGUUGGAUUUGAAGGGUGAAUCACCAUGGUGAAAACUAUCAAUGGAUGUGGCUGGAAAAAUGUGAAAAAUGAUGGACAUUUUUGCUACAUGUAGCCAAUAACAACUGGUUUUGGGAAUACACUACAACUACACAAUAUAUUUCCCACUCGUGUAUUUCCAAUAUAAAGGCUGUGGCAUAUACGAGGGAUGAUCAAUAAAUUUCACAAGUGACUAUCUCAGACAAUAUUUAGAGUCAUGUGGAAAUUAAGUACAGAUUGAUUAUACCGUGGAAAAUGUAAUAUCCCAGAAUAAUACUUAGUUACUUUGAAAGUUUUCUGGUAUUGAGCUGUAACUAAACAUCCAGGAGGAGCAUAUGGGAAUCAAAACAAGGACACUUGAGACACCUGAACUGAGAACAGUUGGUAGUCGGCAUAAACACAAGCUUUUUAGAAGCAGAAAUGUAUUAAGUUUAAGUUUAAUUUUAUAUGUAUUGAAUCUAAUGCACCACAGGUUUCAAUGCCAAAAUUGAUAUAUUAUCGCUCAAGGAAAUGGUAGCUACAAAGCAGUCUCAGUUGAAUUGACUCUUCGCUUUAUCAAUUUACAACCAAUCACAUGGACACUGAGCAUGCUGAGUGGAGACUCCCAGAGUGCAUUUUUUUAACCAAUUUAACCUCUUGAAUCCCAGGCUCUAAAAUCAGUUGAAACCAUAGAAUUUUUCAUUUUUGCCACUUUUUGACAUUUUACCUAUUUUUUAUUAACUAUACAGCUUUAGAUGCUCA